AUUCGAAGCAAAACACCUGACUUUCUCGUGUGGCGCCGCAGAACCGCAGAGAACAACCGCUCGAAAUAUCACGAAAUCGGCUGAAUAGAAGGGUUAUUUUUCUUUGAGUCGCGUUUGAAGUCGACAUGGAUUUUUUUGGACGCAAGAACGACAGUGAGAGGCUGACUCCCCUGGAGAAUUCAGAGAAGGAGUUUAUUUCUGGGCAAGCUGAAUCGGAACGCAACGUCAGUUUGGUUGAAGAGCACGAGGACGAGGACGUGCAGAAGAGUAUGUCUGGGCUUUCGCCGCUUGUGGAUAUCAUCCGAAAACUGUCAAAACUGUCCAGAACGAAUGAGGCACUCAGUAUGGAUCUAUCCACAGGGACUUUGACAAAACGUAUGCCCAUCAACCGUCAAAUUGAAUAUGAGCCACAGAAUUCGGGCAACAACAUGACUGACUUAGGUCAGUUGGGUGGCGAGCAGCCGAAGGAAACUGCAAAUAAUCAGCACCAAGGCGGUUGGCAUUACGUUUUGCAUGUACCAACAAUGGAUGGGGAAUCUCCCAAUAUUGACAAGCCGGUACAGUAUGAGUCUCCACUUCCGCACCCAUCGCACCCAUCGUACUUAGGAGUCACCGUUGUUGGCUGGGAGCAAGAAACCAAUUUGCCUGCUGGAUAUGAUCUGUCAAGCAUGCAGGAAAUCAAAGAUCCCAACCAUUAG